CCAAAGGAAAACCGAAAAAAAAUCAUAGGUAAAAAAGUUGUUUUCUCUCACCAGUCCACCAAUACAAAUAACACACCUGUACUGUAAAGCAAACCAUAACUCACAAGUCACAAAAUUUUCAUUCAUGGAAGCCUCCAUCAGACUGCUCGCUUGUUCACAUCGCCACCAUGUUUCCACUUCUCUUUUCCUCAAGCUCCAUCACAAGCCCCUUCCUUUAUCCUCAUCUUCAUUUAGAACAUCUUCACUUUCACUUUCUUCUCCACCAACAAAUCGCCCCCGCAUAUUCUCAUCACAUAGCAAUAUCUCCUCUAAUUCUCCAUUUGGGUUUCCAAAAACUCCCUUCACAUCGCAAUUCUCGAAUCCAAUCUCAUCCAGCAACCGUUUUGCUCGUAUAGUAUCCGGUACCCAAGAUAGAGUAUUCAAUUGGCAUUAUGCUGCUGGUGGCGAAAAGGGUAUUGAAAUUGGGGCAAUUCCGAAAGAGGGUCCGAUUGUGGCGGUUGUUAUGUUGGGUUGGCUCGGGUCGCAGCCGAAGCAUUUAAGGAGGUAUAUUGAGUUGUAUAAUGCAAGGGGUAUUCAUGCUGUAACGUUUGUUGCUUCGGUUAAGGAUGUUCUUUCGUUCGAUUUGGGGAAGAAGUUGGAGGAGAGGAUUGCUGUGUUGGCAAAUGAACUUGCUUUGUGGUUGUCGGAAUCCGACAAGGACGGUCGUGAACGGUGUUUGUUUUUUCACACUUUCAGCAAUACUGGAUGGCUUGCUUAUGGUGCUAUUCUUGAGAAUUUGAAGAGCAGGCAGGAUUUGUUGGAAAAGAUCAAAGGUUGUGUUGUGGAUUCAGGUGGUGAUCCAGAUAUAAAUACCAAGGUGUGGGCAGCGGGAUUUACUGCAGCCAUGCUGAAGAAACGUAGCUCUUUUACAUAUUCUUCAGAAGAAGCUGGAGAAGGAAAUGAAGUGGGAAGUCCGUUAAACUCAAGAAACAUUCAAAUUAAGGGAGCCAUGUUGAUGGAAACCGUGCUUUUCGCAGCACUUGAGAAGCUUUUCUCGUUUCUUCUUAAUUUGCCCGAUGUUAACAAGCGGCUGACGAAGAUAAUUUCUGUCCUUGUCAAUAACCAGCCUUACUGUCCUCAGCUUUAUCUUUACAGCACAGCUGACAAGGUCAUUCCAUUUCAGUCAAUUGAAUCUUUCAUUGAAGAGCAGAGGAAAAGUGGGAGAGAAGUUCGCUCUUUCAACUUUGGCUCUUCACCUCAUGUAGAUCAUUACCGAACUUUCCCAGACAACUAUGUAUCUGUCUUACAGAAAUUUCUCAAAGAAUGUGUGCUCAUACCAAAAGAAAUGCAUAAAGUGAAAAGCGAGCCACAUCAAUAGAUCAAAGGAGUUGAGGGCGGGUAAACCAUUCCUUGUAGUCAUUAUUGAGUCUGCUUUAACUGGGGCGAUGUAUCUUAGGAGUUGCAAAGUAUUCUUGUGUGAAGUAAUGUUCUGCCUGCCUUAAUAAGUUCAUCAAUGUGUAGAAAUCAGGAGGCUUUUGGUAGUGGUUGCAAGUAAGUGUCAUUUAUUCAAAGUACACUAACAAGUGUACAUCUCCAGCCAAUGCUCAAAUAAGAUGAGGGAGUUCUUAUUUCCUCAUCUGUGUUUUAAAAGUGAGAAUGUUGUUUCCUCCUUUGCUCUACAAA